CUCCAGCAGGAGGAGCCUAGGACUGGCACUCCGGUGCCAAGGGCAAGAUCUGGAGAGCAGGGGCGUGGCCCACGUGCAGGGGCGUGGCGUUAAGCCAAGGGGCGUGGCCACCUGCGAUUGGGCGGAACUCCGAAAAGAGGGCCGCAAUCAGAAAACGCAGACAGGACUGGGCCCCCAGGGCUCCGGUCAACCGACAGGGGCGUGGUCUGAUUGUGUGGGCGUGGCCAGGCACUGAACUCGCCGCUCUUGCUUAAGAGGUGUGGUGAACGAAGAAUGGGGGGUGGCUCUGUCACCAAGGGCGAGGUCAUGAAGAAGAGGCUGAGGCUCCAGGGUGAGACCAGCAAGUUUGAGGCGUGGUCAAACAAUAGGGGCGUGGCUAGCGCUCGUAGAGAGCAACCAACGCUCGAGACCAGACCUGGGCUCGAGACUAGAACUGUUUGGCUUUAACAGUCCGUGGGCGGCCGGAGUUCGGGAGUCCAGUGAACGGGCUGUGGUCUAGCAUAAAGGCGGAACCCAGAAGAAGGGGCGGGGCGUGGUAGAAGCCUCCCCGCCUCCCCCCGCAAUGCGGUACCCACUGGUCCUGCUGCUGCUCCUCUCUGCCCUGGUGACCCCCUCCACUGCAGCACCUAUCCACGAUGCUGAUGCCCAAGAGAGCUCCUUUGGUCUUACAGGCCUCCAAAGCCUGCUCCAAGGCUUUAGCCGACUUUUCCUGAAACCACAGGAUGACCUGCUUCGGGGCAUGGACAGCUUCUUCUCUGCCCCCAUGGACUUCUGGGCCCUCCCUAGGAACUACCACCAAGAGGAGAACAAGGAGCACCAGCUGGGAAACAACACCAUCUCCAGCCACCUCCAGAUAGACAAGGUGACAGACAACAAGACAGGAGAGGUGCUGAUCUCUGAGAAGGUGGUGGCAUCCAUCCAGCCAGCAGAGGGGAACUUCAAGGGUGACUGGAAGGUACCCAGGAUGGAGGAGAAGGAGGCCCUGGUGCCCAUCCGGAAGGCCAUGAACAGCUUCCAUGCAGAACUCCAUCCCCGGGUGGCCUUCUGGAUCAUGAAGCUGCCACAGCGGAGGUCCCACCAGGAUGUCCCGGAGGGUGGCCACUGGCUUAGCGAGAAGCGACACCGCCUACAGGCCAUCCGCGAUGGGCUCCGUGAGGGGACCCGUGAAGAUGUCUUAAAAGAGGGGACCCAGGGCUUCUCCCACUCCAGACUGUUCCCCCGAAAGACCCACUUAUUGUACAUCUUUAGGCCCUACCGGCAGCUGUAGGGCCCCAGGGAGCACCUCCCUGUAGCCCCCAUCAGACCCCACCCCAAGCACCAUAUGGAAAUAAAAGUUCUUAUUUACAUCUAA